GCCCCAGACGAGCGUCUUCCUGAUGACGAUGAGGGGGAUGUGAUUCUGCCCAGGUGGAAGGCAAUGCAGAUUGAAAAGUUAGGUGGUUCUAAUUUACUGGAGAUUGGCUCUCAGCAGCAAGCUGGUGACGGGAGCAUAGCGCUGGAGCCAGAACUGAGGCCAGAUGUCACGGGUCUGUAA